AUGAGGGGAAGGGGGAUAGCGCAACUGACAAUAAGCAUAGAAAAAACUACUGAACCAAGUACACCACCAGCAUCAUCAUCAGCAUCCGUCAUUUCGGCUAAUGAAGAAGAGGAAACACCUGUUGUUAAGCGUAGACAAGUCAAGUCUACUUCUCCGGACAAGGAUGUAGUUAGUCAGCUAAAAGAGAUUUGUAUCAAUAAGGAUCCUAGAGAGAUAUACUCUGAUAUGGUUAAGAUCGGUCAAGGUGCAUCCGGUGGUGUGUUUAUCGCAUAUAAUGCAGACAAGGUCCCAGUUGCGAUCAAACAAAUGAAUUUAGCUCAGCAGCCAAAAAAAGAGCUCAUUAUGAAUGAAAUCCUUGUCAUGAAAAAGGCACAACAUCCCAACAUCGUCAACUACUUGGACUCAUAUCUUUGGAAAGGUGAUCUUUGGGUUGUGAUGGAAUAUAUGGAAGGUGGUAGUCUGACAGAUGUUGUGACCUGCAGCAUGAUGACAGAGGGUCAAAUUGCUGCUGUCUGUAAACAAGUUUUACAGGGUCUGCAUCAUUUACACUCCAGUGGUGUUAUCCAUAGAGAUAUUAAGAGUGACAACAUUUUACUAAGCAUGAAGGGAGAUAUUAAAUUAACCGAUUUUGGCUUUUGUGCUCAGCUAAAUGAAAGUCAUGCCAAGCGAACCACCAUGGUAGGUACACCAUAUUGGAUGGCACCUGAAGUUGUUACGCGCAAAGAGUAUGGUUCAAAGGUCGAUGUCUGGUCACUGGGUAUCUUGGCCAUCGAAAUGGUCGAAGGCGAACCUCCUUAUUUGAACGAAAACCCACUUCGCGCCCUGUUCCUGAUUGCAACCAAUGGUACGCCUAAACUCCAAAGUCCUGAAUCGUUAUCGGAGGUCUUUAGAGACUUUUUAACAAAAUGUCUUGAAGUGGACCCCGAGUUACGUCCGUCAGCAGAAGAUAUGUUGAAACACCCUUUCCUCUCAUUAGCUGAUUCUCCGCGAUCUCUUUCUCCUCUCAUUCGUGCUGCCAAAGAAAGCACCGAUUCCGAAGAGUAA